CUACCCCGGCCCGCGCGGCGCGAGCGGAAGUCUCGUGACCCCGGAAGUGGCCUGCCGGGCGCGCGCGGGCGGGGCGGCGACGUUCGUCAUUCCGUGCGGGAGGGAGUGCGAGAGCUGCGCGGUCGAGCCUCCGGUGUCCCACACCCAGCGAGAGGUGAGCAUGGCCGAGCAGGAACCCACAGCAGAGCAGCUGGCACAGAUUGCAGCUGAAAACGAGGAAGAUGAGCAUUCAGUCAACUACAAGCCCCCAGCUCAGAAGAGCAUCCAGGAGAUCCAGGAGCUGGACAAGGACGAUGAGAGUCUGCGCAAGUACAAGGAGGCUCUGCUGGGCCGCGUGGCCGUGUCUACUGACCCCAAUGUCCCCAAUGUUGUCGUGACCCGCUUGACCCUGGUGUGUAGCACCGCCCCAGGCCCCCUGGAGCUUGAUCUGACAGGCGAUCUGGAGAGCUUCAAGAAGCAGUCAUUUGUGCUGAAGGAAGGCGUGGAAUACAGGAUAAAAAUUUCUUUCCGGGUGAACCGAGAGAUCGUGUCUGGCAUGAAGUAUAUCCAGCACACAUACAGGAAAGGCGUCAAGAUUGACAAGACCGACUACAUGGUGGGGAGUUAUGGGCCACGGGCAGAGGAGUAUGAGUUCCUGACCCCCAUGGAGGAGGCGCCCAAAGGCAUGCUGGCUCGUGGCAGCUACAACAUCAAGUCGCGCUUCACAGAUGACGACAAGACUGACCACCUGUCCUGGGAGUGGAACCUCACCAUCAAAAAGGAGUGGAAGGACUGAGUCCUGGGCCUGGGAGGCGGGCAGGGCAGACAGACAGACGGACACACACACGCACGCGCCCCACCCUUACCACCCCACAACCUCCUCCUAACCCCAUACCAAAGUGCUGACAGGGUCCCUGGCCACGCUGCCACCAUUCCCGCCUGGUCUGCUUCCUGGCCGGGCCCAGCCGGAGCUCCUCCGACCUGUUCCUCCUGACCCUCCCCAGCCUGCAGGCCCCAGCCUCCUCGGUGGUCUAGUGGUCUCGUGUUGUUGCUGCUGCUUCCUGUGCUGUGGGGGAGGGAGGCUCCAGCCCAGGCCUCUGCCUCCCUUUCUGUAUCUCUCCAGGUUUCCCCCACUUGUCCUAACCUGACCUGAGGCUCUGACUUUUCCAAGGGAGUGGGACAUUGAACAGGCUCCGUGGGGUGCUCAGGUUCCCCUAGUCCUUUGCGGUUGCCCCAACUCGUGUUCUAUCCCUUCUCCAGGGUGGGAUGCACGAUGCGGGACUUUGUGGGGGCCAGUCAUCCCCCAGCUUCCACCUCCCCCUGUCACUUCAUCCAUCUCCAUCAGUAACCGUCUAACCAUGAUGCCUUAACAUGUGGAACGUGUGCCGUGGGGGCCGUCACUAACCUCUAACCCCCGUGUCUGCAUGAGCAUGUGGUCUCCCCCAGUCUGUGCCCUGUCUGCAAUCCCGGUGGCCCAGAGAGGUGUGUGGAAUGUGCUGCUGCUGUUUCCCCACCUGCCAGGGCCUGGCCAGCCCCUUCCCCUUCCUCUCCCCUGGCCAGUAAUGUGGGGACCGCUCCAGGGGCUUGGGGAAGGCCAAUCGCCAAAACUCAAGUUGCCUCCAGUCCCAUCAGGGAGGCCAGGUGUCCUCACAACUCUGCCUUCCCUGCCCCAGUGGGCAGUGCCCGGAGCCCAUGGCCCCAACAGAGAGCCCUUGGUGGACAAAGCCAGCGGCCGAGCCUUACUUGUUCCACCUGGGCCUGCCGGCCUGGAAUCGUGUGCCUGGCCUGUCAGUAUUUAUUGCCUCCAUAUGUGCCGUCCUCUGGGCCGGCUGGCCUGCCGCCUCUGCCCCCAGGCUAGGUGCCACCAUCCCCGGCAGGCCUUCCCUGGACCCAGCCAGGACAACCGUGGGACCAAGCGCGCACAGUCGGAGCCGUCCCCUGUGCCUCCCUUCCCCUCCCUGGUCAGGCCCGGGCGUAGAAUGCACAGAAGCCUGUCCCUGCUUCUCCUUUUCUGACCGGGAAAUAAACUCCCCGAAAGGA